ACAGAAAUCCACUACAGCUCAGAUGGACAGCCAGUGGUGCUGGUCCCCAGCCACAUGGAUCACUGCCACUAUCAUGGGCGUGUGAGGGGCUUCCAAGACUCCUGGGUAGUCCUCAGCACCUGUUCUGGGAUGAGUGGCCUGAUUGUGCUCACCAGCAAUGUCAGCUACUAUCUUUAUCCCCGGCCUCCUGGGGACACCGAGGACUUUGCAACCCACAAGAUCUUCCGGAUGGAGCAGCUGCUUACCUGGAAAGGGACCUGUGGUGACAAGGACUUGGGGGACAAAGUGAGGCGAGAGGCCCGCAGGAACCCCAGGUACCUGGAGCUGUACAUAGUGGCUGACCACACCCUGUUUUUGAUCCAGAACCAGAACUUGAACCAAACCAAACAGCGUCUCCUGGAAGUCGUCAAUUGUGUGGACCAGGUUGGGAGAGUUAGGAAGCAGAAGGAUGGG